UGGAGUGCGAAAUUAUGAUAUCGAUCAAUAUUCAGGGUGUGACGAAGCCUUUAGUGAAGCAGCCUUCGGAUAGCAGCUGGAUCACUAUCACAGUUCAGUUUCGCCCGAACCAUCGAUCGAGUUCAACGGAUGGCAAGAGAAAUGGGUGUUAUCUAGUGAUUUCAAGAGUUUAUUGUGAAUAUUGUGGUUUGCUUCGAAGUUUUAUUUUAUUUCUAUCCCUGGUAUGUUAAAGGAUGAAAAAUUCUAUACUUGCUCUCCAUCGUGUUGUGUUAAAUAGUUUAAGAACAUGCUUACAGUUGAGAAAAGUGAUGUUCUAAAGUUUAAAAUGCAACGUAUGCAUGUUGGACGUAAACCCUUAAGUUCAAAAUAAUCAAAAUUAACGUCAUUGAGCAGAUAUACAAGAGCAUUUAGUGUCGAGAUAGUAAUAUUCAUUACAAUUACUUUGACGGUUACUAUUAAUUGAAAGGAGUUUGUAGUGUAUCCGCCUUUUUUCGUGAAGGUCAGUUGCAAAUACGAAAGUAAAUCUGCCCCAUUCGUCGUAAUAGCGAACGCUAUAUUCUUUUCAAACUUCAUUGCAUCUCAACCAAUUGCCCACUUCAUUCAUAUUAAUUCACUGAUUAAACAAAGUCCGAUCAAGGUGUCACGACGAUCGCAACAUGAGGAACACCAACGGGGUUAGCAAUCCCAGCUAUGUCCGAGAUCCGACCGAAGGCGCGGAGCCCGGAGGUGGGCGACGAAGUCGUGUUAAAAUCUCUCAAGUCAUCGUCACUCGACCCCAUUACCAGCUAGAGGAUUUGAAUAGUGCAUUCAACUACUUUAAACCCAAAACACACUUCUUCCAAGAGGCUCUGGAGAGCAUGCGCGAGGUGGACACCAAGUCUUGCCUUUCCGGGCUUUUCCCCAUUUUCAAAUGGCUUCCAGAAUACUCCUUUCCGAGUGAUUUCAUUGGGGAUCUGAUCAGUGGAUUAACGGUCGGUGUUAUGCAUAUUCCGCAAGGCAUGGGCUAUGCACUGCUGGCCAAUAUGCCCCCUAUCACCGGUAUCUAUACGGCAUUUUUCCCAGUUUUCAUCUACUUCCUAUUCGGCACCUCGCGACAUAAUUCGAUGGGUACACUGGCAGUCGUAUCGAUCAUGACGGGAAAAGUAGUUUACAAUCAUUCCGGCGAAGGCUCACACUACUCCAACCUAGAAGUCGGUACAGCAUUAUGUUUUCUUGUCGGUGUAAUACAGCUUGUGAUGUGUCUUCUUAGAAUGGGCGUUGCUUCGUUUCUUUUAUCGGAAGCGCUAGUAUCUGGAUUCACUACCGGGGCAGCGGUGUACGUAUUCACAUCCCAGAUGAAGGACAUACUGGGAGUUACACUACCACCGUUAGGUAGUCGAUUUGAAAUCGUCUUCACUUACUAUGAACUGGGGAAGAAAAUUCCAGAAGCCAAUCUGAUGAACGUUGCCAUUGCAGUGUGCGCUAUCAUUAUACUACUGAUAAAUAAUGAAAUCAUUAAGCCGCGGCUCGCCAAAUUGUGCAUCAUUCCGAUACCGAUUCAGCUGAUUCUGGUAGUUUGUGGUACGCUGCUGUCGAUCCAAUUAAACCUGAAAGAUGACUAUGGAAUGAAGGUUGUUGGAACAAUACCUCAAGGACUUCCAGCUCCCAAGUUACCGAACUUUGACAUCCUGCCGGAAAUUCUUAUGGAGAGCAUUACUGUCGCUAUUGUUGGCUACACCGUAUCGGUUUCUCUUGGUAUCAUUUUCGCCAAAAAGGAAAACUACGAAAUUGGAUUCAACCAGGAACUGCUGGCGCUCGGGGCUGGCAAUUUGUUCGGAUCCUUCUUCUCGUGCUAUCCCUUCGCCGCUUCACUAUCCCGUGCGGCCAUCCAGUAUCUGGCUGGAGGUAAAACGCAAAUCACGGGACUGGUGUCGUGUAGUUUGCUGGCGGUAGUGCUGCUAUAUGUGGCUUCCUUCUUUCAACCCUUGCCGCGCUGCAUCCUUGCCAGCAUUAUCGCCGUAUCGGUGCAAGGUUUGCUGAUGCAGGCCAAAGAUUUGCCAAAGUUUUGGCGCCAGGGGUUCUUCGAUGGUGUCACCUGGUUACUGACCUUCGUUUCGGUCGUGUUCAUUUCGAUCGAUAUCGGAUUGCUCGUCGGUUUUGCGCUAAGUAUUUCCAGUAUCUUUGUGCGUGCGCUCAAACCCUACAUGUGCCAGAUGGGUAAUGUGCCCAAUUCGGAUGUCUACCUGGACUUAACUCGAUACCAAGGGCUCGUCGAACUUCGUGGUAUCAAAAUUAUUCACUAUGCCGGAGGACUUCAUUUCGCGUCGCGUGCAACAUUCAAAAACACAGUUUGCCAGUUUCUCGGCAUCAACCUGACGGAGGAGAUCAAACGGCAGAAGGAUCCGGAGUUCUGUCGGGCAGAGGAUGCGAUUAAUUUUCUGAUCCUCGAUUUCACAGCGCUGAGCUACAUCGAUCCGUCCGCCAUUUCCACAUUCAAACAGUUCGCAAAGGAGCUCGAAUCGAUCGGCAUACAGACUUUGCUGGCCGGAUGUUCACCGGUAGUGUUUGAGAAAAUGAAAAAGUGCGGCUUCCUGGGGGGCGAAGAGAACUACGUCCGUACGUAUCCAACCAUACACGACGCCGUGCACUAUGGCCAGAAGCAACUGCGAUUGCGUGCUGCCGGUGCAACACCAACGAUCCAAGAAGUGCGAUUGUAAUGUAAACCUGCCGUGUAAUCGUCUGGCACAGUCGUCGAACAGUCUAAUUACGAAUGAAUGAACCAUCCCUUGUUUAAAAAUGCUGCGAUUGUCUGUAAUGCUUCUAACUUUGCGAAAUAAAUAUAGAA